AUUAUUGACAAUUAAUAAUUGCAUAUUUUCCUCCAAAGAAAAGAAAAGAAAAGAAAAAAAAAAAUCGAAUCUUUUAACGACUUGCGAUAUUUUCUUGUCACCAAUUCACAAAGAUCAGGCCUUUCCAAGUGUUGAUGUCUGAACUACAAUUCUACAACAACUACUCCGUCGUAUUAUUGGAAUUCAAUUUUGAGGGUUUAGGGUUUCAUUCCGUCUACCUUCCUUCGCUUCUUACCACUUCACUCCAGGUUUGAUUUAAUGGGUGUGAUUGAUUUUUGCACUACUUCUUCUGCUUGCUUGAUUAAGUCAAGAAGUUUUGGUCAACCCAGUUGUGGAUUUGAGGUGAAUUUUCAGAGAAGGGUAAUUUCAAUGGCAUCUACAUUACCUGUUAAAGAAGUGAGUGAAAAUGGCCAACCAAAGGUUACUGGGGAUUCUUUUAUCAGACCCCAUCUCAGGAAAUUAUCUGCUUACCAACCCAUUUUACCUUUUGAGGUUUUAUCAACACGGCUCGGUAGGAAGCCUGAGGAUAUCAUUAAAUUGGAUGCAAAUGAGAACCCAUACGGUCCACCUCCGGAGGUGUCUGAAGCUCUGGGGAACAUGAAAUUUCCGUACAUAUAUCCUGAUCCAGAAAGUCGAAGGUUACGUGCUGCCCUUGCAGAAGACUCGGGCCUUGAAUCUGAAUACAUUCUUGUAGGAUGUGGUGCCGAUGAGCUCAUUGACCUGAUCAUGCGUUGUGUGCUAGAACCCGGUGACAAAAUUGUUGACUGUCCACCGACAUUUACAAUGUAUGAAUUUGAUGCAAAUGUGAAUGGAGCUGUUGUCCUAAAGGUUCCAAGGCACGCUGAUUUUAGCUUAAAUGUUGAAGAGAUUGCACGUACUGUUGAACUUGAGAAACCAAAAUGCAUAUUUCUUACUUCCCCAAACAAUCCAGAUGGGAGUAUAAUCAAUGACGAAGAUCUGUUGAAGAUCCUCAAUCUCCCUGUACUGGUCAUAUUGGAUGAAGCAUAUGUUGAGUUUGCAGGACUUGAAUCUCGUAUGAAAUGGGUGAAACAAUAUGAGAAUUUGAUUGUUCUUCGGACCUUCAGCAAAAGGGCUGGGUUAGCUGGCCUUAGAGUGGGAUAUGGAGCAUUCCCUUCUAGUAUUAUUGAAUAUCUUUGGAGAGCAAAACAGCCCUAUAAUGUAUCUGUAGCUGCUGAAAUAGCUGCUUGCGCUGCAUUGGAAAAUCCUACUUAUCUAGAAAAUGUCAAAGAGGCUUUGGUCCAAGAACGUGAGAGGCUUUAUAAGCUUUUGGAGGAAGUUCCAUUUCUUAGACCCUUUCCAAGCCACUCCAACUUUAUUCUUUGUGAAGUUACCUCCGGAAUGGAUGCCAAGAAGCUCAAGGAGGACCUUGCUAAGAUGGGUGUUAUGAUCCGUCACUACAAUAACAAGGAAAUGAAAGGUUAUGUUCGUGUAUCUGUUGGAAAGCCUGAGCACACUGAGGCCUUAAUGAAGUGUCUUAAACAAUUCUUCUGAUGUAUAACCAUCUUAGAUUUGUCAGUGGAGUACAACAUUCUUACCAACCUGAUUUUGUUAUUCCUCUGUAACAAUUCUGAUUCUUGUUUCAGUCAGAAACUGUUGUGAUUAUGAUUUUUUUUUUUACUCUCGAAAGGCAUCUCAAAUAUUUAAAUUGAACUCGUCUA